AUGUCCAGUGUUGAGAAUGGACCGAUGACCUGUGCGAGGCCUAGCAGACCAAUAUCGGGUGGGCUUGAGCCAACAAACACAAGCCACUCUGACGAUGAUGCCGGGCUUGAGGUCUAUUGGGAAACAGGUGAUCCCGAGAACCCGCGCAAUUGGUCGGCUGCAUACAGGAGCUUCAUUGUCGGAGCGGUAUCCGUGUCAAGUGCCUGCGCGAUAUCAUAUUCCACAUCCUAUACUCCAGGUAUUCUAGGGAUCAAAGAAUCAUUUGACAUUUCGUCGGACACCGUUGUGUUGCUCGGCUUGACUACCUAUAUGCUCGGUCUGGCAUUCGGAUGUCUUAUGUUCGCCUCGUUGUCGGAGCUGUACGGUCGUCGGCCGGUGUACUUGAUCACCACCCUCGCUUUCGCCUGCUCGCUGAUACCUGUGGCCCUGGCUCGGAAUAUACACACUAUUCUUGUCUGUAGAGCACUUGGAGGAUUCUUCGGUAGUGCGACUAUUGCGGGCGGUCCGGGGACAAUCAACGACGUGACCAGCAGAAGGUACCGGGCGCUGGCGUUCAGUCUCUGGAGUCUUGGGGCGAUGACCGGUUCGGUAAUUGGUCCCACUUUUGGCGGAUUUGUCUACCAGUAUCUCGGCUGGCGCUGGAUCAACUGGAUCAUACUCUGCUGGGCAGGCAUAUCAGCUGUGGCUUUGUUCUUGUCCAAGGAGACAAAUGAGCCGGCGAUACUGCGGGCAAGGGCCCGAAAGCAACAGGAACAGACUGGGGACUUGCGGUGGUGGUGUCGCUAUGAUAGCCCCAAAGUGGGCUGGGACCUUUUGCGAAGCCAUCUGGUAAGACCUAUCAUCAUGGCCAACCUCUACGUCGGUGUCAUAUAUGCUACUCUAUUUCUGUGCUUCGUCGGCUACCCGAUUGCCUUCCAAGAGCAUCGCGGCUGGCCACCCGGCAUCGCACGACUAGGCUACUGUGGUAUCGGCACCGGUGUCGUCCUCGCCGUCCUCAGCGAGCCCAUCUUCCUCCGCCGCAUCAUCGCCAGCCAUCCGCGGGACCCCUGCACAGGCCAGAUCGCCCUGAGGCCUCCAUCUUUGCCUGCGCCCACUUACACGCACUGGAUCUAUUCAAUCCUGGCCGGUGUCCCCUUCGGCAUGGGCAACACCCUCAUCUUCAUCUACUCGGCCCAUUACCUGGCGGGGAGCUACCCCAUCUGCGCCGCCUCGGCGGUGGCGGGAAACGCGAUGGUUCGGUACGUCUUUGCGGGUGCGCUCCCGUUGGCGGGCGCCCGGCUGUAUGCGAGUUUGGGGAUCGCGUGGACGGGCACGCUGCUGGGACUGGUGGAGGUGGCGCUGAUCCCGAUUCCGAUCGUGUUUUAUCGAUAUGGGUGGCGGGUGAGGCGGCGGAGUGCGUUGUUGAGGGAAUUGGUGGGAGUGUAA